UAUCAUCAUAAUUUUUUAUUCUAAGCUUCUAUGUUUUUUUCUGGUACUUGUUACCUCUGUUCCUUUGGUGGUGGUGGUGAUUGUUUGCAGUAUUUAGUUCUUCACAAAAGUUUAGGAUGCGUCAUUUAAUUCAUUCGUUAUUUUCCAAAUGCAGAGUUAAGAGAGAAAUUUACUGAGUGAACUCCUUGUUAUCUAAGUAUUGUAUUGUAGUUACUAUCACCAUGCCUGCGUACAAGCCUGUAACGCACGUCAUUUUCGACAUGGACGGCCUUUUGUUAGACACUGUCGGACCACACUUAGCGAUCCACCAAUCACUGCUGGCAGAAUACGGACAGACUUGUACGUGGUACGACCUCAUACAAGUGAUGGGACACACCGCUUUAGAAACAGCACAAGAAAUUUGCCGACUAAAAUCCGUACCCGUUGAUCCUGAGAUCUACCAAGAUAAAGUGGCAGCUCUGCAAUUUAGCAUGUUCCCUAAAAUAGGGCUAAUGAGAGGCGCUGAACGACUUGUACGGCACCUGCACAAGCAUGGCGUGCCCAUUGCUAUAGCCUCAGGCAGCUCACAGACCAGCUUCGAUCUCAAGACCACCAGCCACAGAGAGCUCAUGAAACUCUUCAAUCCGGUCGUAUUGUCUUCAAGUGACCCAGAAGUCAAAGCGGGAAAGCCUGCACCAGACGUGUUCCUAGUGUGUGCCGGGAGAUUCCCAGACAAGCCUCACUCUAGCAAGUGCCUAGUAUUUGAAGAUGCGCCUCUGGGGGUGAAGGCGGCAGCGGCGGCGGGCAUGCAGUGCGUGAUGGUGCCUGAUCCCCGCACCGACAAGAGCCUCACUGAGGAAGCCACGCUUGUCCUAGAGUCCCUCGAAGACUUCAAGCCUGAGCUUUUCGGUCUACCGCCUUUCAACUCUUAACAUUACCAUCAUCUUGUUGUAAUUCGCUUAGCUUUGCAGGUGAUUGAUCCAGGUAUUACUAGUAUUGUUAUGAUCCAGGUAUUACUACCUUUGUUAUAUGUUGAUGCUACCAAGUCUCGAAAAAGUCGUGCCCGAGCAUGUCGAUCUACCGCCAAACUCUGGGCAAGAACCUAUCGGGAUUCUUUCCAGAUAAUACUUAGCAGCUUUUAUGUGAUAAUUAUUUUGUGGGUAAAAACCCGGUUCUAUAUAAUUGAAGUAAACGACUUACAAAUAACGUAAAGUUAACAGGUACUGCACCUUCAUUAUUUUUUACUAAAAAUUAAUAAUGGUUAUAGAUUGGCAGCUAUUCAGACACAUUACAGACAUUUCAAAUGAUUUCGCAAAGGAGGCUUGUGAUAUAGUAAAUACCCGCCUCGACACAGCGGAGGGACCAGUUGACAUAUUGUUGAUCAGCGGAGGGACCAGUGGACAUAUUGUUGAUACACAUUAAAUGUAAGUAAUAAAAUCUGGGUAUAUUUAUUGUACACAUACAUUGAUGGAAGAAAAACUGACUUUAAAUUUG